UUUUACGUAUGCGAGGAUCUACUUUCCGUUCGGCCGGAUUAGAAAUUGCCCUUCUGCUUUCAGGAGAAACACAGGGGACGACAAGCUCGGGCCUGCGGGUGUGAACCGUGCACACGGCGCUUCCUAGCGGGACACUACCAACCCCUCGGUCUUUUUCCUCUUUCCGUCCCGGGCCACCGGGUUGCCUGUCGUGAGGGUUUACGCGCAAUGAGCAUCGAUACACUUUUGGAGGCGGCCAGAUACCUGGAAUGGCAAGCCCAGCAACAACAGAUCACACGUGAGGAAGAGCAGUGCAAAGAGAAGGAGUUCAUCAACAGGGAGGCGGAGUCAAGGCGCGUGGAACUUGUGACCUCGCCACCUCAGCCAGUCAGAGCCAACCACGUCACUUGGGGCGAUGACACUCACCAUCAACAGCCACAUCACCCUCCUGCCCCUCCGCCCCCCUCUCUUCCACCUCCUCAAGUCCCCAUCGCUGUCAUCCCAAUGGUUCCAGUUGUCACUGCAACACCCUCUGUCCCGCCCCUUCCACUUCCAACGCCGAUUGCUGCGGCCGCGACGUCGCUCAACAGCUCCCCGCCAGCCAAGAACGCUUCCUCCCCUCCACAACAACAGCAGCAGCAACAACAGCAGCAGCAGCAGCCGGCCUCUCGUCACCUGUUGUGCGCCCCCCAGAUGAAAGUAGAGACUAGUCAGCAGCUGAUUGGUGCAAAGCCCAGCCAAUCACAGCCUCAGGUUCAGAUUCAGUACCCAACCUCCAUCAGCACUAAUGGUUCUGGCUCUCAACAUGCACUGGUUCCCCACCAAGCUCCACCCACAUCUCAGCCGAGGCCAAAUGGAGUGACGAUGGAGGACAUGAGGGGGAUGGAGGGGAAGAGGAGACCAGGAGGAGCGGGGACCAGAGAGGUGCACAAUAAACUGGAGAAGAACAGGCGAGCACACCUCAAAGAGUGUUUUGAGACACUGAAGAAGAACGUUCCAAAUGUUGAUGAGAAGAAAACCUCCAACCUCAGCGUUCUCCGCAGUGCUUUGCGUUACAUACAGACUCUGAAGCGUAAGGAGAAGGAGUACGAGCACGAGAUGGAGCGUUUGGCCAGAGAGAAGAUCGCCACACAGCAGCGGCUGGCCGAGCUGAAGAACGAGCUCAGUCAGUGCAUGGACGUCAUGGAGAUUGACAGAGUCCUCAGGCAGACCAUCCAGCCAGAGGAUGACCAGGCCUCCACAUCCACUGCCUCAGAAGGAGAAGACAACUUUGAACAGGACAUGGACGAGGAUGUCCCCGCUCCUCCUGCUCCCACAUCCCUCCCCAAACCAACACCUCCAAUCUUACAAGCCCAGCCACUCCUCACCCCUCACCUGUCUAUCCAGCACACCACCCUGCCUCUCUCUGGAGUCCUGACCACGCCCUCCCCCUCUGGUCCCCCUCCUCCUCAAGCCAUUGCCCCCGCUCCGGCCCUAGGUCCGCCCCCUCCACCGGCCGCGCAUCCCAUUCAGCCCCAAGCUGUGCAGGUCCAGCCCACCGUCAUCGCUCACGCCGCCGUAUCCCACCCGUCAGUCAUCCAAGCUGUCAAUCAUGCCCUGCCAGCCAAUCACAAACACCUAACACACAUUGCCCCAUCGCCUGGCCCCACUUCAUCUACCCCUCAGCCAAUCACAGCGGCUCCAGCUGGCACCGCCACUCACCAGCCGUUAGCUGCCCAGCCCAUCGGACACAUCACCGUCCACCCAGUGGCUCACCUGGGAGCUCCCUUGCCAUCCCACCUCCCGACUCUUUACCCCCAGGGUGUGUCUGUCUCGCAGCCCACCAUGGUGGGCCACAUCACUCACACCUUCACCCAUCACACCCUGCCGCACGUCCAGGCUAACCCUCAAGCUAACACUAAUGGAGCCCAGGUGAACAGCGCAGCUGUGGUGAACCAGGGGAGCCCAUCGCUAGGGAAACCCACAGCAGUGUUGGCCCCCCAUCCCCAGCUGGUUGGACAGGCUGCCGUCCUCAACCCUGUCACCAUGGUUACAGUCCCAACCUUUCCUGUCAGCACACUCAAACUGGCCUGAAAGAGUAAAAGAAAAAAGAUGGGACAAACUGAAGGAGCGAAAGAUUCAGAACUUCUGGAUGAGUUUUCACACUCCUAUCAAUAAUCAAUAGCAGAGAAUCUCUGACAGACACGUGAAAAUUUACAAAAAAACAUCAACUGUUUUAUGGACAACGUGUGACAAAUAUCUGCGGAGAUAUUUUGGUCACAGCUCUGUAAGUUUGUGAACAAGAACAUUGAAGCAGAGUCAGUGGGUCCGGCCGUUGUUUGUGAAAAUAAGACUGUGACAUUCGUCUCCGCUGCAAAGACAGGAACUCUGUUUUACUUUCCUUCCUUGCCUUCUUCUCUCCUUCCUUCCCUUCUCUCCUUCCUUUACAACCAGAAGCACUAACAUAAUAAGCUCAGUUCACACUCAGGCAUCAAGGAUUUACCUUAACUAUUCAUUCACCCACUGAGGGAAAACGCAUGAGAGAGAGAGAGAGAGAGAGUCGUUUGUCGUUAGGCUGUUGUCAUGGUGAUACAGUAUGUGCCCGUUUUGUAUUCACGUUCGCAAUGUCAUGUGGGACAUUGUGGAAUAAUGUCACUGAUGUGUUUGAGAGCAGGAGGAGGCAGCUCAGCGGUCUCACUAAUGCUAAUAAACUACACACAGGGUGUUGAUAAGUGUGAAGCAGACCACGUUACAUAGUCGGCUAAAAAGAGCUAAAGCAUUGACAUUUAAUGACAUAGUUCCUGAUUUUUUUUGUUUUCAAGAACACUGUGUGUCCACUACAGAAAAGUUCCUCAUUUAAAUUGCUUCAGUUUUUUUUUUCCCCCUAUCCCUGCGCUAUCAGUAUAAAACUUGCUUCGGGAGGUGACAGUGUGGUCUUCUCCAUCUUCCUCUGCAUGAAGGUUCCUCAACUUUUUACUUGGCACCAAACAAGCCUCACAAAUAAUUAAAGAAUUGAAAAUGCAAAAAGGGGGAAAAAAGACAACCUCAUCGUCUUUGUAUGUGAUUUUAUAAGUUAUUUAUCCGCUGCCACUUGGCUUUCUUUUUGGAGGGCGACUCCCAAAACUGUGGAGUUUGUUUGUUUUUUUUAGCAUAUAGUAGCAUCUGUUAUUGCUCACCUUGUGGAGAAGUCAUAUCAAGAUACAACGUGACAUUUGCCUGUUGCACAGGCAUUGCAUUUCAUUGUAGGAAACCACCGAGUUAAAGUGGAAAACCAAGGGAUUUCCGAUAUUUUCAGUUCAUGCAGCCAGUUAAAUGUAUAAGGAUUGUGCACUCCAGUUUUGACGUGAUUACCUCUCCUACAGUGAAAAGCUUGGUCAGAGACAAAUGUCAGGUUAUAUUCUAAAGGAUUUUGAAAGAAUAGUGGUAAUGUUAAAGGCUCUUGCACAUAUCUGUUGCGGUCAGAUUGAUUUGAUUCGUCAUUCCAAAACUCCCAGCAGUGUUAGCGUGUUCUCUACAUUAGCUUGGAAAGAUUGUUCAUCAGCCAAGAUGUUUUCAAACCAACCGAGGCCUGUUAGACUGUUCGGACAGUGUAAAGUCCACACGGAAGGUUGUUAGCUUAUCGCAAAUGCCUCAAAUGCGUUUGAAGUUGAUUUCAAAGACGACCCAUGAAAAAAGAUGUUGACGGUGACUGCUCUCAAAACAUUCAGUGACAGGUUUCCUCAUGUCACUAUCAUGGGUGAUGUUCCUUUAACACACUGUAGGGCGAUACAGGGUUUCAUCUUCCUCACGCUGAUGCAACAGCUCCCUCUGCUGCCUCAUCCCGGACUUGAUACUCGUGUUACUCACACACAGCUCUUGGGGCACAACACAAACUUCCUGCACAGGCUUUUCCAAAUCUGGAAAAAAAAAAAACAAUCAGAGGCUCGUUUGAGUGUAAAAGUUCAGUUUUGACCUUGAAAACAGUCGUCUGAUGGAAAGAAAAAAAAUCUUUGGUCACAUGAUAAACUCUAACUGCAGAGAAGACUCACCCUGAAAAACUACUAAGAUAACCAUGAGUUUCUUUUUUGUUCUUUUUUAAACUAGGGGAAAUAUAUUUUUCUCACUUAAAGGUCUUUUAAAGUUUGGAUGUAGCACAAAAAUGUUUAAAAAAAAAAAAAAAGACUGGAAAAUAUUGUUCAA